CUUUCCAAGACAACGUCGGGCUUGCCCCCGAAGUAUGCCCUGGAGCUCCUGACCAUCUACGCCUGGGAGAGCGGCACCAAAGGGGCGGAGAACUUCAGCACAUCCGAGGGGUUCCGCACGGUGAUGGAGCUGCUGUGCCGGUACCAAGAGCUCUGCGUCUACUGGACCGAGUUCUACGAUCUCCAGUCCUCCGUGAUAGGGCCCCAUGUCAAACAGCUGCUGCGGAAGCCGUGGUAAGACCCCUGCAUCUGCUCCUCUCAUUUCUGCGCAGCUCACUCACAUCUGGCUGCAGCUCGGCCUUCCUUCCUG